AUGUCUAUCGAGCUCACUGAACAUGACUGGGAUUCGCACAAGGCUAUCAUCCAUUCCCUGUACCUUACCGAAAAUAGAAAGCUUCAAGGAGCUGGCAGUGUCAUGCAAGAAAUGCUUUGCAAGUACGAUUUCAAGGCUACGCCCAGUUCGAGCGACACUUCAGGCAGUCAAAAAGAAACUGAGGUGUGGGACGGCCAUGACCGUAUCCCCGAGAAGAAUUUGAAGAAGGAGCUUGCACGAUACGGCUACGACGUAGCAUUUCCGUAUGGAUGCCAGGCGCCGACUCCGAAAACGCCCGAAGGCCUCUAUAUCUGCACCCCUGCAGCCCUACAAGAUGACACAACAUUGCUUUAUGAUCUUCCCUGGUUCCAAUUCCUGGACACUAUUGAGUCGAGAAUCAGCCCUUACCCAGACCUAGCCGCUGUUGCUAUUAGCAUGGUCAACAAGUCUAUUAGCAAUCCUUCCCAAUCAAAGCCACAAGACCUCGGAACCGUAGGAUACAUGUCCCUCAUACCAGAUACGGUUAUCUCGGCUCUAUCAAAGUGCGUCACCACAGGAAUUACUCCAACUCUAUCAAAUACCGUCCGGCGCAUCCAUAGUCAUCUACGUGCUAUAAUACCAGAAGAAUUCGAGAGAGAAUCAAACGCAGGUCACAAAGAUACGAGUGGACUUAUCAAAAUGACUGGAAACGUCCAACAUCUCAGCCUUGCGGUAUUUCUACUGACCAACAAUAUGUUGAACACCGAGAAAGUUGCUGUAAUGACCCAACUCUUCCAAGACACCAGUAAUGUGCAGUUUCUGAGAUCUCUGCUAUCAGUACGGAAUCCAACGGUCGAGGCACUUGCAGAGAAGCUUCUCCUGGCUGCUAUACAGUCUGAACAUCAGUUUAUGGCACAGACGUGCCUUGAAGCAGGAGCAGACCCUAACUCACAGCUAUUGGGGCGAACCGCUUUGCAAUGUCAACGCACCGCCAGCGGAUAA